AUGGGGUCGAGACACUCCAAGCUGCGCACAAAUGGCGAUUUCAAGAAUGCGCAUCCAGUAGCAACCUCGCGCUCAAGUCGAAGGGCUGGAAAACGUGCCGAGAAGAUCCAGCAGUCACCGAGAUCAGUCGUAUUGAUCACGUGGGGUCGGAAUGGCCAAUCUUCGUGGAGCUUCCACAAGUGCAUCCUCAUCGCAAACACCGAGAUCAAUCAAGUAACCGAGGAGACAAUCGGAACGCACUGGGACUGGGGCUCCAUCGUCGGGGGUGUCAAGAUAACGGUAAACCCUCCGGUGCAACAAAAGAAAUUCUUGGAGGAAGAUAUUUUCAAAAAAGGGGAGAAAUAUGGCAACACAUAUCAUAUCGUGGGGACCACAAACUGGUCUGAUGACAAGAUCAAGGAGCUGUAUACGCGUAUUGGGGAACACUACAACGUGAUCACAAAUAAUUGCCGCGACGUCGCUGCGGGUGUCGCUCGUUCACUGACGAUCGAUACGGCUCGCAUGACUGUUGCAGAAGCCAUGUUGAGAGAGUGGGAUAUAAAACGGAACAAAGUGAGAAUCUCGGUACCAUUUGCUAUUGCUGGUGCUCCCUUGUGGAUGUUGACCGAGGAACAAAUGCGUGGGCGACCUACAAUCUCUCAAAGGUAUGCUCAAGGUUAG